AUGGCUUCACCAAGAAUGACCACAACCACAACUGAUGACAUUACAAAUAAUGCUGCGUCUGUUGCGCAAGAAUUACCCUCACAACAACCAGAUCAUCACAUUGACACCACAGAAAUUGGGUGGUUGUUCGUGCAAGAGUAUUAUACGUUCAUGCAUAAGGAGCCGCACAGGUUACACUGUUUCUAUAAUGUAAAUUCAAUCUAUACAACUGGCAAAGAAGGUGAAACGGUGAAGACUUGUCACGGACCACAGGAAAUUAAUAACAAGAUAAUGGAGUUUGGUUUAAACGAUACAACUGUACUAGUUACAAAUGUCGACAGCCAAGCCUCAUUAAAUGGUGGGAUUGUAAUCCAAGUGUUAGGACAAAUGGCGAACAAGGGUGAAGAAUCUCGCAAGUUCGCACAGACGUUCUUCCUCGCCGUGCAGCCAAACGGGUUCUUUGUCCUGAAUGAUAUUUUGCGAUUCCUUGCGGACGAAGUAGAAGAUGAAACACGCGAACCGCCGGUUGAGGAUACCCCGUUGCCCGUCGAGGAGGAGACAACCGAGGAGAACAAUAACGUGGUUCUUCCUGAGGAGAAACCGUUGGGCGAAGAAUCAAAUUCACCCACCGGCACUUUAGUAGAUGAACCGAUCAAUGAAAAUUCUCAUGUACAUCGUAACAUUCAGCUUCAAGAGAAUACUGCUGCUGAGGUUCAACAACAAAAUGAGCAUCCAGCUGCUGAGGAGCCAGCUCCUGAAACAGUAUCAGUCUCGCCUUCCAAAGCAGUUGAGCAGGCUCCAGUGAAUGAGCCUCAACCAUAUAUUGUUGAUCGCUCCGUCUCACCUAAAAAUCAGGGAGCACCUGCAAAUCCUACCUCCUCAAAAAACAUUCCUCAACAAACUGCUUCUAGCCAGGCUGUUACAGAUCAACCUCAAACUCAAGCAUUGGCCAACAAGUCUCCUAAAACCGUGCAAAUGAGCCCGCCGCCCAAGAAUAACAAUAUUAAUGGUAAUCAAAAACAAGUACCACAAAUUGCUAAUACUCCAUCAGCCACCACAGCCGUCAGUAACGUUCCUCAAACUGCACCUGUUCAACCAGCUCAACAGCACUCUAGUGAACAAUCUCAAAAGGCAGCUGGUUCUACACAACAACCGUCCACUGGUAAUGAAGCGAAUGCUCCUCAAAAAAAGACUUGGGCACAUUUGGCCGCGAAUAAUCGCGACAAAUGGAGUAAUCAACUUGCUCCAAUUCCUGCUCACGUCGCAUCUGCGCCAGUUCAAACUUCCAAACCACAACAACAAUCCAUGGGACAAUCUGGUCGCGACCAAAUGAACCGACGUCAGGACGGUCAAAGAGGAGAUCCUCAAUUGUCAAUCUACAUCAAAAAUGUGACCGAAUCUAUGCCAUACGAUCAACUAAGAAAUGCAUUCUCACAGUUCGGAGCACUUAAAAACCUGGAUGUUGUUUACCCGAAGAGCUGUGCCUUCGCAGAAUACACUACAGCUGAUGCUUGCAACCGAGCCCUAGCUGCUCAUCAGGUAACAAUUGGAAACUCGUAUGUAAUCACUGAAGCCCGGCGCAAACCUAUCGGCCAGCGAAAUAUUUCUGAUAAUCGUAACCAGGGCGGAUAUAAUCAGAGAAACUCUUAUCAAAACCAAAAUGGCAUGAAUAAUGCAGGUCGCCAAGGAGGACGACAACAAGAUCGCCGAAACUCGGCUACCCAUGUAAAACAAUCACCAUAA